AUGCGUCGCCAUGGCAGGUCCAGUGGUGGACCAACAAAGGCCAUGUCGCCUCUGUCCGACACUGUAUCCCUCAUACGUUCGUUCGAUUCGGUCCUGAACCCAAACCGACCCGCGCGUCCCUCGCCCUUGGCUUCCUCUCAUAUCAAAGCGCUGCCCUUGGAAUUGGUAGAUCGAUUACGAUCAUUUCCGCUGUUCCAGGCCACUCCGGAAUCUUUCUUAAUCGAGGUUGGACAGCACCUGCGCCCACAGCUCCAUGCGCCCAACGAUUAUAUUCUGACGGAAGGCGAUGAAGCUAAGGCAAUAUACUGGCUUGUGCGAGGUGCGGUCUCGGUCACAUCUCGAGAUGGUGAGAGUAUAUAUGCCGAGCUCAAACCCGGUGCCUUCUUCGGGGAGAUUGGAUUGCUCAUGGAUCGGCCUCGCACGGCGACCAUUAUCGCCCGGACUCGAUGCAUGCUGGUCGUGCUGACAAAGGACGAUUUUCGGAACAUAUUACCUCGGUUCCCAGCGGUUGAACAGGCAAUCCGGGAGGAGGCCCAGGAGCGAUUGAUGAUUUUAGAAAAGAAAAAGAAAGAAACCUCCGCGCCUGCAUUGGAUGCGCCGAGUCCCGUAAGAAGAGGCUCAAAAAGAUUGCGCGAAAGCUUCUCAAAAGAUCUGGCGGUCAUAGAGGACGAUGAUUUGAGUGCUAAGUCUGUGUACAAGAAGAGGAAGUCACCGAGCCCCGGCCGGCCAGAUGGCUCCAGUGCAUUGGCAAAUGGAUUGGUCAAUGUACGUCUCUUACUCAAAGAGCUGCCACUUUUCUCGGGGUUGCCUGCCGAUAUCCUCCACUACCUCGGUCUUAAUGCCCAACCAAGAUCUUUCCCUCCAUUCACCGACAUCAUACAACAAGACUCCCAAGGCCGUGAGCUCUAUUUUAUUGUUCGUGGUGAGGUGGAGGUUCUCACAGAAAAGGCCGAAAUGAAUCAUCAAGCUCAACAUAAAGGGGUGAUUGAACGACCCGGAAUAGAAGUCAAAGCGAGACUGAAGCAAGGCCAGUAUUUUGGUGAAGUAGUCAGUCUCGCUCUAGCGCCCCGGAGAACUGCUACAGUUCGAUCUGUGACUUCAGUUGAGUGCUUGAUGCUUGACGGUGAUGUCCUUUCCGAAUUUUGGGAGAAAUGUCCAAUCACCGUGCGGGAGCAAGUUGAACGCACUGCGCAGGAGAGACUCCAGGCCGCAGCCGAUGGCGACGUGGUUAUGUCUGAUGAGGCAGAACCCCCGCCACCUCUGGGGGAUCUUGCCCUCGGCGACAGAGUGAAGAUCGCGUCCUCGCGGCGACGGUCGAUGCCACUACUCACUCUCACGGAAACUGAAUUGGAUGGACCACAUCAAUCCUCUCACGUUGAAGACCAAGACCAGGCUGUGCUGCGGCCUUCCGAUCCUGAUCCAUAUCUCAGCAUGGGUCUGGAUAAAGUCCGCCUGCGAAGCCGACGUGGUUCGGUAGCACCCCUCACCCCCGAGGAGAUGUCAGGUGAACAGCAGCGACCAUCCCCCACUGAGCCACGCUCUGUUGGUUCUUCAGCCCUCGCCCUUCCCGAAACUACCAGUCUCACUAAGCCACACCAGGCCGUUCGGCCUCGGAUUGAUGGCUCCAGCGGUAUUUUCCCGGACAGCGUACUGUUGAGCAUUUUCCAAUUUCUUGAAUUACACCACCUGCUUCGGAUCAGGGCAGUGUCAUCACAUUGGUCAGAACUUUUGACCCGAUCUGCCGAUGUAGUUCAUGAUUUAGAUUUGAGCGUCUACAACCGCAGGAUCACGGAUGACGUUCUUAUCAAGAUCAUUUGUCCUUUCGUCGGUAAUCGAGCUCGGUCCGUUAAUGUGAACAAUUGUUUUCACAUCACCGAUGAAGGCUUCACAGCAUUAGCCACCACUUGCGCCCCAAAUACGACUGUGUGGAAGAUGAAAAGCGUGUGGGAUGUCACAGCCUCUGCCAUACUUGACAUGUCCAGCAAGGCUACUAACAUACAGGAGGUGGACCUGAGCAACUGCCGCAAAGUUGGAGACACACUCCUCGCGCGAAUCAUUGGGUGGGUAGUGCCCGCCGAUCAAAAGAUGAGCGAGAAACAGACAUCCAUCAAACCCACCAUCCAGACAGCAGAAUGCACGGUGUAUGGCUGUCCAAAGUUGAAAAAGCUCACUCUCUCGUACUGCAAACACGUCACCGAUCGAUCUAUGCAUCACAUUGCGUCUCACGCCGCUGGUCGGAUUGAGGAAAUGGACCUGACUCGUUGCACCACAAUCACCGAUCAAGGCUUCAAAUAUUGGGGAAACUCUCAAUUCACCAAUCUGCGAAAGCUUUGCUUGGCAGAUUGCACGUAUUUGACGGACAAUGCUAUCGUGCAUUUGACGAACGCGGCUAAGAAUCUGGAAGAAUUAGAUCUGACAUUCUGCUGCGCAUUGUCAGAUACUGCAACCGAGGUCCUUGCUUUACAGUGUUCAAAUCUGAAGUAUCUCAACAUGGCCUUCUGUGGCUCUGCAAUUUCGGACCCCUCACUAAGGAGUAUCGGCCUUCACCUGCUUUCCCUCCAGCAUCUAUCCGUACGUGGGUGCGUUCGGGUCACUGGAGUAGGGGUGGAGGCCGUAGCAGAGGGUUGCCAUCAACUCAAGAUCUUUGAUGUCAGUCAAUGCAAAAACCUCGCACCCUGGCUUGAGGACGGUGGCACAGUCCGCUAUCAAUCACGAGUUGAAUUCAAGACUGUGGCCCCGAACAAGAUAGUCUAUUGCUGA